AUGGAGAAGUCUUCUGAGAGAGUCACCAGCAGCAUGAGCGAAGAAAUAGAGAUUGUAUCAUCAAAAUCAAAAGAAGAGAGCAGUUUGAUGUAUGUAAUGGAACUUGCAACAAGCACCCUCAAGCCAGACCACAGAAUAAAAGUUCAAUUGACUUGGGAGAAUGUCAGCUAUGCCAUAGAGAAAGGAAGUGAACUGACUACAAUUCUUAAAGGAGUUUCUGGGUUUGCAAAUCCAGGAGAGCUCUUAGCUAUUAUGGGCUCUUCGGGAGCAGGUAAAACCACUCUUUUGAAUAUUUUGGCUGGCCGACUAAAGAGCUUUGGAGAAAUUAAAAUUAAUGGGACUGUGGCUAUAAAUGGCACCAACAUAAAAGACAUCAACUUUGGCUAUUAUUCAGCCUAUGUGACACAAGAAGAUAUUCUUUUGCCGACCUUAACACCAAGAGAGUCUUUGCUCUUUUCGUCCAAAUUGAGAUUGCCUGGAUCUCAUGAGGAUCAUGUGCAAAGAGUCGAAAAAAUUAUUGAGGAUCUAAGACUCACAAGAGUAGCUAGCUCUCUCCCUCCGUGAGUGAACAAAAAAAAUCUUGUUCGUUCGAAAGCAAAUAUGAUUAAAUUUAUGUUUUAAAGCGCUAUUUGUUAAAAUUAAACAGAAUUAGCUCGAGAUUUCAUAUACUAAUCAUCACUUAUAUAACAAAAUUUUAUAUUAAAAAAAUUUUUGUUCGCUCACGGAGAAUAGGUUUUGGGGAAAAAAAUAGGGAUUCUUCUAAUGGUUUUGUUCGCUCUCAGAGGGGGGAGUGAAAAUGUGAUCGGAAGUAUCACCAGUAAAGGCUUGUCGGGAGGUGAAAGGAAAAGAGUCUGCAUUGGGAUGGAACUUAUUACUGAGCCUCUCAUUUUGAUUCUCGAUGAACCUACCUCAGGACUUGACAGCUAUACAGCUGAAAUUGUAGUUGAUUUACUAUUAGAACAAGCAAAAAAAGGCAGAACAAUCAUAACAACUAUUCAUCAGCCAAGUUCAGGAGUCUUCAACAAAUUCGACAGGCUUGUCUUGAUGAGUGAAGGAAAUAUUGUUUAUCAAGGACAGCAAAGCGAAUCCAGAAAAUAUUUUGCUGGACUUGGCUACAAGUGCCCAAAAUUGAUGAAUCCAGCUGAUUAUUUUAUGAGACUUUUACAUGUCGUUGAUAGGAGAAAUUUAUCUAAAGAAGAGAGCGAAAAAUUAAAAAUCUUAGUUGAAGAGUACUCUUCAAAAGAACCUGAAAAUCAACUUGUUAAUUCAAGUGAGCUUGAACACUUAGCUAACAAAUCUUUUGCAAGACCUUCAACUAUUUUUGAGCAAUUUUGGCUUUUGCUUAAAAGAGCCAACAUAAACUCAAGAAGAAAUCCUAUUUUUGGAAGAGUCAAAUAUUUACAAGUCAUAGUAUUAGCGGUUCUUCUAGACUUAACCUAUAAUAGCAUUGGAACAAGCUACAGUUCUAUACAGGAUAGAAAUGGAGUAUUAUUUUUACUUACAAUGACUGCUGCGACAUUUGGAAACCAAAAUGCUUGUCUAUCAUUUCCAAGUGAGUUACCUCUUUUCUUACUCCUUCCGUGAGCGAACAAAACAAUUUUGUUCGCUUGGAGGUUUUUUAAAUACAUUUUAUUAAAAAUUUUGGAUUUUUAAAAUUUAAAAAAAUCCCAAUUCGCAAAAAUUUGAAACCAAAUAUUCAUUUAAUUUUUAAAUUUAUGUUUUAAAAUGCAAGCUGUUUAAAAUUAAACAGAAUUAGCAAGAGAUUUAAUUAUAUUAAUUAUCACUUAUAUAUUAACAUUUUUUAUAACUCCCCCCCUUUAAAUUGGAACAAAAUAUAGGUAAAAUUCCACUUUUUUGGUAAAUUAACCAUCCUUUAAAUUAGAACAAAAUUUAAUUUUAUAAUAAUAAAUUAUAUAUAAUUUUUUAUGUAAAAAGUUUUGAUAUAAGUUAAAUGCUUCUUCUUAACUAAAAUUAAAAAUUUAGUUAUACCUUGCUCUUGUUUAAAGAAGAGAGUAUAAAGAGCAUCUUAUCUAAAUAAAUUUAUUAUCCUUAAUUGCUAAAUUUAAAUUAAUUUUUUUUUUAAAAAUUUUUAUUUUUUUUGAUAAAAAUGAUAUUUUUUAUUUAAAUAAUUUUGAUAUAAAUUCAAUGCGAAUUCUUUAUAAAAUUUCAAAAUUUACUUAUUUCUUGCUUUAUUUUAAAGAAUAGAGUAGAAAUAGCAUCUUAUUUAAAAAAAAUUAGCACUUUGAUCGAUAAAUUUUCUAAAAAUUUUUUUUUAAUUUUUUUUUUAUCAAUAAAAAUAAUAAUUUUGGUGUAAAUAAUUUUGAUACCAAUUAAUAGUGGCGUAUUAACUAAUAAUAAAAAUUUAGUUAUAUCUUGCUUUUUUUUAAACGAUAAAGAGUAAAUAGCAUUUUAUUAAACAAAUUUAUUAAUCUAAUUCGAUAAGUUUUUGAAAUUUUUUUUUUAUAAAAAAUUUUAUAUUGAUAUUUUUUUUAAAAAAAAAAAAUUAACCCCCCUUAAAUUGGAACAAAAUUUUUGUUCCAAUUUAAAGGGGGGUAGUAAGAAAUUUUUUCAAUUAAAAAAAUUUUUGUUCGCUCACAGAGGUGUUUUUAAGGCAAAAAAUAGAUGGUUUUCCAUUGUUUUUGUUUAGUCAAGAAGGGGGGAGCUAAAAGAAUCUAAGCAAGGCUUAUAUAGCACAAUUUCGUAUUAUGUUGCAAAAACAAUAGCUGAUCUUCCAAAUUUAAUCAUAGCAAUCUUCUUGCAAAGUAUCAUUUUGUAUUGGGCAGUUGGAUUGAAUAACUAUGAUGCCAGCAAAUUUUUUAUUUUUUAUGCUGCAGCGCUAGUGCUGAAUAUUUGUGGGACAGGAAUUGGAUAUAUAGUAGGCGCAUUGUUCCACACAGAAACAGCUGCAAUGGCUGCAGGCCCUCUAUUUGUUAUUCCAUUCCUUCUUUUUGCAGGCCAAUUUGUAAAUGUAGAGAGAAUUCCUAUUGCCUUUAGAUGGGUGCAAUACAUUUCCCCCUUUAAAUAUGGAUUCGAAGCUAUGAGCAUAAAUGAGUACACAGAUUUGAAUUUACCAUGCCAAAGCUGCGAUUCAAGUGAUUGCACUAAAUGCGAUCCUGUCAAAGAUCUUGGGUUCCAUGAAACUUUAGCAGAGAGUUUCUACUAUAACAUUAUUAUUGUGAUUGUUAUAAGAGUAAUUGCCUAUUUAUUACUAUGGAACACAGCAUCAAGAGCAAAAAGAUAA